GCGCUGAUUGGUCAGACGGCUUGUUGUCGAACUCUCGUGCACCGGAUGCAAAACUUAUUCAGCUUCGCUAACAGGCAAGGUAAUACUCUAAUAUUAUAGUUUUUUUUCUUCUCUAUUCUGUGCGCUGUCAGGCGUAUUAAAGAUUUAGACAUUUAUUUCGAGCACGGAAAGGUUAAUUUUAAAAACGUUGUUUUGCACGUUACUUCCGUUAGUUUGUGAGAAAUAUCGCUUUACUCAGCUCGCUAACGUUAGCUUCUCUUCAGAGUCUAAGUGCUGCAGUACAGGAAUAUAAUGAGCUGACUGACUUUGUUCAAAACUCAAACUUCUGAACAUGUUUCUCCCCUCUAAGUCCUUAUCAUGAAGCCAUGACCUCUGUUAAACCUAACACCUGGAGCCUCUCUCUGUAGCGCCUCAGCAGAGGAAAAUAACACUGUAGAGGUGAAGAGAGAAAAUAAUAGAGAAUUACAGGAUUUAUAGUUUUAUACACUGAUUUUAUUUUACUUUGAUUUUUUUUACAAGCUGCUGGAUGAUACUGAAAGAUACCAGGUUGUUUGCAUCUUUGUCAAUGCAUUAAAGAUGAAGUGAUGCAAUGGAUAUAAAUGUAAAGCAAUGCAAUAUUAUGCCUCAGUCCCAAAACCAUUACCUUAUGAACUCAUAUUAGACAUUAUUUUCUGUAGACAAUAGCAACCUCAAAUUGUGGUCUGUGAAGAAAGAUAGCUAUUCAAACUUAAUAGAUGUAUACAUUGCACAAAAAUUAUGUAAAAUGUCUCAUAAUAAUCUUGCAGAUCCCAUUAAUGCUCCCUGUGGUGCACCUAGACAGCAGAAAUGUCUGAUAGUGAAGGAUCAGCACCUGAGCCUGCUGGACUGGAUGGUCUUCCACCCAUGUACAGCAUCUCCAAGGGGGAGGUUGUGUCUGUACAGACCUACGGAGCCUUUGUCAGACUGCCAGGAUACAAGAAAGAAGGUUGGUAAAACAUGACUCCUUUCAAUACUUGCAGAUUGGGGUGUGUUAUAAUAAAGAGAUUAAACCAUAAGACAAAACUGAGACUAACCUUGUCGACAUCUUUGUUGAUAUGUACAAAACCCAAUUCCAUUGAAGUUAGGAAAUUGUGAUAAACGUGAAUAAAAACAGAAUGCAAGGAUUUGCAAAUCCUUUUCAACCUAUAUUCAACUGAAUACACUACAAAGACAAGAUAUUUAAUGUUCAAACUCAUAAACUUUUUUUUUUUUGGCAAAUAAUAAUCAGAAUUUCAUGGCUGCAACACGUGCCAAGGUAGUUGGGAUAGGGGCAUGUUUACCACUGUGUUACAUCAUCUUUCCUUUUAACAACACUCAAUAAACGUUUGGGAACUGAGGAGAAUAAUUGUUGAAACUUUGAAGGUGGAAUUCUUUCCCAUUCUUGCUCAAUGUACAGCUUCAGUUGUUCAACAGUCCGGGGUCUCCGUUGUCGGAUUUUACGCUUCAUAAUGCGCCACACAUUUUCAAUGGGAGACAGGUCUGGACUGCAGGCAGGCCAGUCGAGUACCCGCACUCUUUUACUACGAAGCCACGCUGUUGUACCACGUGCAGAAUGUGGCUGAGCAUUGUCUUGCCGAAAUUAACCGGGGCAUCCAUGAAAAAGACGUUGCUUGGAUGGCAGCAUAUGUUGCUCCAAAACCUGUAUGUACCUUUCAGCAUUAAUGUUUCCUUCACAGAUGUGUAAGUUACCCAUGCCUUGGGCACUAAUGCACACCCAUACCAUCACAGAUGCUGGCUUUUGAACUUUGCGUUGAUAACAGUCCGGAUGGUUCUUUUCCUCUUUGGCCCGGAGGACACGGCGUCCACUAUUUCCAAAAACAAUUUGAAAUGUGGACUUGUCAGACCACAGAACACUUUUCUACUUUGCAUCAGUCUAUCUUAGAUGAGCUCGGGCCCAGAGAAGCUGGCUGCGUUUCUGGAUGUUGUUGAUAAGUGGCUUUCGCUUUGCAUAGUAGAGUUUUAACUUGCACCUACAGAUGUAGCGAAAAAAAAGUUUAUCAGUUUGAACAUUAAAUAUCUUGUCUUUGUAGUAUAUUCAAUUGAAAAUGGGUUGAAAAGGAUUUGCAAAUCAUUGUAUUCCAUUUUUAUUCACAAUUUACUCAUCUUCCCAACUUCAUUGAAAUUGGGUUUUGUACAAAGGCAAGAACACAAAGAGGCUGGUUUUAGUUUUAUAUUCAAGAGUUUAAUCCAAAUAAACACACUAAAAUGGGAGCAAAAAAUCAGGUUUUUAUAUGUCUGAGGAUAAUUGACCAAAUUUGUGUUUUUACAGCCUAUCUCCACCAGCUCAGGCCUUUGGGGAAAUUUUAUAGCUGUAAUCUAGUAAGAUGUCUAAUAACUGUAUAAAGAAAUUUGUACAGGCAGCUGAGGUUGGAAUGGGCCAGAACAACUGGCUGACCAUUUUCACACGUUUUGAAAUGGAGAGAAUUAAGAGGAAAUAAUGCAAAAUAAUUAUUUUAUGAUGAUUUCUUCAGGCUGAGUUCUGCUUUGCCUGCGUGCCAGAUUCAGACAAAGCUUUCCUCUUUUGCACCACUAGGGGGUGUGCUAAGCAAGGGUAUAUUCCACAUUCAAACAAGAUUAGAUCCUCUGAAAACCUGCUGUUUUUGGUAGUACUUGCUUCCACACAAAGCAUGUUAGAAUAAAAACAUGGUAUUUUCUUUAAGCCUAUCUAGCUGAUUUAAAUUGUCAGGGGGGAAUUUAGAGUGGCUGUAAUGUAUAAACAAUUCUUACAUCAUUUGUAAUGUCUUAUCAAUUGAAUACGAUCUGGAAUCAGUAUACCUGAGCCUCAGAUUUUUGAUAAACUAAAGAUGCUGCAGUGGUUAUCAGCAGGAAAUGUUAUUUACAUAUGUAUCUUUUUAUCUGGUCAAUCUUUCUUUUGUUCUUCACAUUCAGGCCUGGUUCAUGUGAGUGAAAUGUCAGCCACUCGGGUCGAGAAAGCCUCAGAGAUUGUUGAUGUUGGGGAAAAAGUUUGGAUUAAAGUUAUCGGGAGAGAGGUAACAACACACACACACACAUUAAUUGUCAUGUCAGUAAAACUGAUCAGGAUGAUGACAACUUUGUGGCCUUUGUUUUUCAGAUUCAGGGUGACAAGGUGAAGCUGUCCUUUUCUAUGAAAGCUGUCAAUCAAGGAACGGGGCGGGACCUGGACCCAAAUAAUGUUAUGGCAGAGUAAGUGCUUAAAUGUGUGUUAGCAAAGACACACAUCUGCAGCAUCUUGCAGAAAUAAAAUUAUGAAUGUCAGACAACUUUCUACAACUCAGUGACAACAAAUCUUGAAUUUUUUUAGUUUUGUCCAACUGAAAAAAGAACCCUGAUCAUGAUAAAAAUGACAAAUUAUGUGAAGCCAUUAGCAAAAAAAAAAGCCACAAGUUGAGAAAGUCCUGUUUUUAGUCAGCUUAGAAAUAUCAAGUCUACCAUGUUAGUUAAUGAUCUAGAAAAACUCAUUAACACUGUUUCCUCCUGGUUCACAACACACCUGUCCCAAUAAAAAAUCAAUUAACCGCCUUUAGAGUACUCUUAAUGCAGCAGCUCUGCACCCACACAAUGGCUAACAGUUGCUUUUAGGAUUGAUUUUAAGAUUCGUUUAACCACAUUUCAAGCACAACAUGGUCGUACCUCUCCAUAUGUGUCAGAGCUUUUAUCUCUCUAUUAAAAAGGUUGUUGUCUGAGACCCUCUGGUUGUGCUUUACUGGCUAUUUCAAGGUGAUAAGGCAUUUUCUGUCAGAGCAUUCAGAAUUUGAAACAGCCUUACAGACGAAAUCAGACUGGCAUAAACAUUUUCAUUUAUCAACCAGUGUGUCGUCUUGUUUUCUUUAAUUCCCUAUUUGCUCUUAGUUCAGGUAUAAUUGUCUUGUAAAGCACAUUCUUAAUUAUCUGAAAAUUGCUGUACAGUUAAAAGUAUUGUUGUUAUUUGUUGUUUAUCUGUGUGUGAUUGUAGACAGGAUGCAAGGCGACGGAAGCAGUUCAGAGAUCACACUGGCAACAGAAUCACACUGGAGGCUGUACUGAACACGACAUGCUCAAAAUGCGGUUGCAAAGGUAAAACAACAUGAACAAAAUAACAGAUUGUAAUUGUCAUCUAAUUUUUAAAAAUCUGGAAUUCCUUUUGAAAUUGAAAAAAAAAAACCUGUGGAUAAUAUUGAACAUAUUUUUAUCUCUGUAGGUCACUUCACAAAGGACUGUUUCUCUGCACCGGGCUUGCAGUACGCUCUUUUGCCUGAGGAGGACGACACAGAGCCACAGCAGCCAGAACAGCAGACCUCCACAGGUGCACAGCAGAAAGAUAUUGACAAGAAGAAGAAGAAUAAGAAGGUUGGUAUGCUUCUGUUUGUUGUCCAGCCGGGCCCUCACUUCUGCCUAUUUAUGGACUGUUUUUCUUAGCUGUGACUCAUCUGAUGCAAUAACCCACACAUUUUCUGCAUUAUCUGUACCUCAGUGCAUAUCUUUGAAAGGCAGCUUUAUAAGAACUAUCAGGAAAAAACAAAUCUGCCCUCCAUGCUUUUCCUUCUUUUAUUCUUACACAACAAUCUCUGCUUAUUUUUGUCUUCCAGGAGAAGAAGAUGAAGAAAAAGAGAAAAAGGGAGAGGAAGGAGUCAGACAGCGACAGCAGCAGCAGCAGUAGCGAAUGCAAAACCAAGAGGAGGCGCCACGACAGAGAGGAUAAAAAGAAGAAGAAACACAAGAAACACAAAUCGCACAAACACAGCUGAGGUAGACACACACCUUUAGAAACGCACACAUACACACUGCAUGCAGCUAAGACACACACAAGGGGGGAAGUUUGUGGCAAGACAGAGUGGCAGACUUCCUUCUUUGUACCUUUUAAAAACAUUGUAGGAUCAUGCAUUUAAGUUGAAACAUUACAUCAAGUAAAGAAGAAGCAAAAGAACCAAUAGUUUGACCUAAAGUAACCUCCAGCCCCUCCACAGAGGGCGGGGCUUACACACCGCAUGUAACCGGAUAGCUGUAUGGUAGGAAAGUAUGGCUAUCCUCCUCUGAAUAUACGUCUAGUUUACAGUUAUCCGGUUUCUUACUCUCUGGGAAAUCCAUUAAGCAGACAUAAAGAGUGUGAAGGCGACUCUUUGAGGGGUCUGACAUACAAACCCUGCACAAACACAAAGACACACACACACAUAUAGGAAGUAGUCAAACACAAACAGGACGUGUAUUGCAGCACAAGUAAGCCUAACAGGAACUUAAAGCUGUGGUGAUAUCCUGAGGUUGUCUGAACCUUUAUUUGUUUGUACAUGUGUGUUAUGUAUAUACCCUAAAAGGGACUUCUUGCUUGCCACACACAAACACACACAUACACUCACAUCCGUCUUCCUGCAUGUCAACUGUUAGCUUCAUUAAAGGUGUCUUUUUAUUUGUAA